AUGGCUGACAAUCCAAGACCUCAUGCACAACACUAUGUGGAGACCAAGCAGUGCACAGGUGCGCUUGCAUUCCAACAUGCAGGCGAGACAAACAUCAACGUCUGGGACAAACUGCCUGACUACCCCAAGAAGCCUGAAACACCGGGAGCAACGUAUAAACAGAGAGAUGAGGGGCGGAAGAGGAGCGGGUCCCCCCUGGGCACUCCUUCCAAAGCACUGCUACGACCUUACACGACGUGCCUACCCGGGCUGAAGACCACACGGCAUGAAUUCCCUGAGCUUCGGCCACUGACGCAGAGGAUCCGACACCCCAGGCAGCGUAUACUCACCUGGAUCCAACGCUGUCCCAUACAUGGGAAGAACCCGGCCUCCCACAGGAGCAACCUGAAUCAUGGCCCAGAGAUGCAGGCCUUUAGUGACGGUCUGGGGCUAUGGGGAGGUCUGGCUCGGACUCUGCCUCUUGCUCUCAUGCCACCUCUCAAGCCUGAUACCAAGCCGGGGCAUCGGCUAAUCUGA